AUGGCCACCGACGUAGAAAAAAUCGGCCGUGCCAAUCCCACCGUCACCGACGACCCCGUCGUGACCAAGGAGAAACUCGCCCUCGACCAGGUCGAUGGGGCCCUCGCGUUCCUGCGCAAUGAAGCCGACGCCUCCAUCGCCGAGCUGGACGAGAAGAAGCUCCUGCGCCGCAUCGACCGGCUCAUCAUGCCCAUGCUGUUUGGCGUGUAUGUUCUCCAGUACAUCGACAAGAGUCUGAUCAACUACGCCAACGUCAUGGGACUCAGCAAAGACACACACAUGAGCCCCGCCGACUUCUCGUACCUGGCCACCUUCUUCUACGUCACCUUUGCCGUCUUCCAGCCCGUGCACGCCUACCUUAUGCAAAAAUUCCCGACGGCCAAGUACCUCGCCGUGAAUGUGGUUUUGUGGGGCGUCACUCUGGCCGUGCACAGCGCGUGCCACAACUUUGGCGGUCUUAUUGUGGUUCGCUUGCUCUUGGGCGUUUUCGAAGCGUCUAGCGCACCGUGCCUGAUUUUGAUCACGGGAAUGUGGUACAAGCGCGCGGAACAGCCCUUGAGAGUGGCCAUCUGGUAUCUGGGUGUCGGCGGCGGAACGAUCGUCGGGGCUUUGGCUUCGUUUGGCUUCCAAUUCUAUCACGCCGACACGUUCAAGUCGUGGCAGAUCAUGUUUCUCGUCUUCGGCAUCAUCACCGUCGCAUGGGGCAUCGUCGUCUUCCUCGUCCUGCCCGACUCCCCCAUGGCCUCACGCUUCACGCACGAGGAGAAAGUCCUGGCCAUCGAACGACUGCGCGAGAACAUGACGGGCAUCGAGAACAAGACGUUCAAGAAGCCCCAAUUCAUUGAGACGGUCAUGGAUCCGCGCACGUUGCUCAUCGCCGUCAUCAUCAUCGCGGGCAACGUCCCCACGGGCGCGUGCGGCACGUACUCGUCGACCCUGAUCAAGGGGUUCGGGUACACGUCCAAGGAAUCUGCUUUGCUGAAUAUUCCCAGUGGAGCCAUUUCCAUGAUUGCGGUGCUGUCGGCGUCGUGGUAUGCGGGUAGAUUCAACAAUCGGGGUUAUGGCAUCGUCGCGCUCCUAUUGCCCGGUGUCCUGGGUGGUGGGUUGAUGGCGUUUCUGCCCAAGAGCGACAAGGCCGGGAAACUGGCGGGCAUUUACCUGACUCAGAUCUUUGGACCUAACCUCUCAAUGAUGUACUCCUGGGCCGCGGCCAACUACGCGGGCCACACCAAGAAAAUCACCAUCAACGCCAUCAUCCUCUUCGCCUACGGCGCCUCCAACAUCAUCGGCCCCCUCACCUUCACCGGCUACACCGCCCCGGAAUACAUCCCGGCCAAGGUCGCCAUCAUGGCCUGUCUGUCGCUCGCCAUCGUGACCGCCUUGAUCCUCCGGUUCUGGUACGCGUGGGAGAAUAAGCGCCGCGACCGCCUCGCCGCCGCUGAGGGAUACGUGCACGUCCCCGACACCGAGUUUAUGGAUUUGACGGAUCGGCAGAAUCUCGAGUUUCGGUAUGCUCUGUAG